UACUGAGCUGUUGGACCAAAGUUCAGGCCAAAAUCUAUAAAUAAUCAGCAGUUUACAGAAAUCAUCAGUGUCGCUGUGGUUGUGAUUCUGGAAUCAUGAGGAUCCCAUUUGCUUGUUUGCUGCUGUUUUCUGCUACCGUGCUUUCUCAGGAUGCAAGCAUCACUCCCCGUUACAGAAAGUUUAUAGAACAGCAUGUCAAUGGUCGGAUGAGUGUAGACAGAUGUGACUCUGUGAUUGGAAGUAGAGGCAUCUCCAAAACCAAUAGCAAUGAGUGUAAGGAGACCAACACUUUCAUCCAAGCCACCACCAACCAUAUCAAAGCUAUCUGUGAGCAAGCAGGAGAGCCAUAUGGGGAUAUGACCAAAAGCCUCCAACCCUUCCCCAUUAUUGUCUGCACACUGAAAAACCAGCAGGGCAGGCUACCCCACUGUCAGUAUCGUGGUCAAGCUCGCACCAGGAGAAUUGCCAUCAAAUGUGAACAAGGCUUCCCUGUGCACUUUGAAAGAGACAUAAUACACUUUGAAAACUGAAAACAGCAGUUAUUUCAGUUACUUGUUAAAUAAAAUACAUUCAACAACU